AUGACGCUCGACCUCGAUACCUUUUGCACAUGCAAAAGCCAGCUCUGGGCUCUCGGUCGUGCAGCGUAUCCCGAAGUUCUGCCAGCAAAAGAUCCUUCCCCCCCAGUAUAUGCAAAACCUUCUCAGAAUCCUAUGAACACAGGUUUCGAUGGUAUCGAAAUUCAUGGUGCGAACGAGUAUUUGCUCGAGCAGUUCACGCACAGUGGGAACAUCAUGAACCAUGUGGGGUUUCUGGUACAAGCCAUGGAUGCUCUUGUGAAUAUCUUCGAAGAUAUGGCAAUGAAGGAUCCCAAGCUAACCUUCACCUGA